AUGCGUCAUAGAAAGGCUCCAGAACGCUAUGGAAAUUGGGCAAAGUCUUCCACUGUUCCUCUUGAUGAUAUUGACACCCCUAAAACUUGGCAUCAACUCCAGAAAUCUCCGCACAAGGCAAAAUGGCUCCAAGCGGCGGAUGAGGAGUUCUCUUCUCUUCUCGGUAUGGACACAUGGAAACUGGUCCCCCGUAGAGCUGGCCCCGGCGCAUCCGGAUAUCCGUUUGGAUUCAGAUAUCCGCUCACGUUUUCAGCAAAAUCAGACAUCCGCAUCCACUGGCGGGUAUCCGCGGAUAUCCGCCCCUUAAAUGACCCCUAG